AUGGCGGAAGCACCACGCAACACGCAGUUACCUUCAGGUUUUGACGAGGAUUUUGUGCAUGAAGUUGAAGAUGAUUACCUAUGCUUAAUUUGUCAAUUGCCGUUGAGGGAGCCUGUUCUAACAAGAUGCGGUCACAGAUUUUGCAAAGCAUGCCUCGAAGAACAUUUGAGAAGGUAGGUCUAACUGACUACGAAUUCUGACUAAAUGCUGGUUGUCAAAGUAACUUUGAUCUCAAGUCUUGCCACCUUAAAAUAGAGUGCGAACUACCGCACCUUGCGACCGUUAACAUCUCCGCAAUACGAACAUUUCGUCGACGAAACGUUAACCUUCAUUUACUGAGGCAAACGAUAGUCACCUCAGGUUAAUCGAUUUAUUCAAAGAAGGCCAUUUCUGUCUACUUUACUUUUAAAAAACAAAGGAUAAAUCUAGCUGAAAAAUCUAUACCGAUAUAUUUGCGCUCUUUAACGACCACCUUAGAUAUACGUUUAUUAUUGGCGCAAUUAAAUAUAAGUUAAGGUUGUUUCCUACCAAAAUCAACUUUGAUCAAUGCGGUGGCAAUCAGUAAGCGUUGCAAUUUGGCAACCUGGAUUUAACAGAGCAUAAAAGUUCAAAAGCUUUUAAAUGUUUUAUUACGAGUUGUGGGUUCUAGGCCCAGAUGUAAUUAGCCAUAUGUGAUAGGAAGAAGUUUUAUGGUGGGCGUUGUUGGUUUGAUGAUUUUAUUUUGACUCAUUUUCAGUCGAAUUUCACACGGUGAACCUUAUGCGUAAUUAACUAUUACCCUAUAUAGAUAUUUAAUAUUUAUAGUUUCCCUGCGAUUGGCCUCUUCAUUCGUCAGCAUUUUUAUGCUAAAUACAGUUGAAGAGGGACACUCAGCAUUUCUUCUUAAUUGCAAAAAAAAAAAACAAUUGUUUUAUCGACAUUUAAUUUUAACAAGAUCUCAGAUUGUGUAUAUUGGCUAAAUUGAUCUCUUACCUUUUAUUACAUAUUUAGUGAUUUGUUAUAAUUUUCUCUUACACUACAAAAAACAGACAAGAAGAUCAGCACCAGCCUUACACUUGUCCUGCAGAUAGGAAACGCCUGGACCGAGACCGGGUAAAUCACUUUCAUGAUCUUUAACUUUUUAUCAUUUUCAGACGUGUGUUAUAGGUUCUAGUCUUGUCUAUUCUUUUAAAGUUUGCAUGUACACUAAAUCUUACAAAGUUACAUACAAGCAUUCAUUCUUCACCCAGAUGAGAACGUUUUCUAUUCAGGACAAUAAGGAGACUUAUUUAAGUAGGAUUUCGGCAAUUUCAAGAAAGGCUUUCUUCGAAUUUCAAUAAUAUUACAAUGAUAGUAAUAAUAAUAAUAAUAAUAUUAAUAAUGAUAAUAAUGAUGAUGAAAAUAAUUAUUAUCAAGGUCUUUAUUCAUCCGUUCUUACAUACUUUAGACAAAGCAUUUUUAAACCUGUCGGGCAGUCCUCGUGAGAUCUGGUAAGGAUAUGAUCUACCUAUGUAAGGCUCAGAUAUAUAGGGGGAAGGAGAUCCUGAAGCGGAUGCCGCGAAGGAGAGCCACAAUACUGUUCCAUGUUUUUUCUAUUGCAUUUGCUGAAUCGAUAUGAUAUGUUGAAUGUUUAUCCAGAUCUAAAAGCUCUUUUCUGUUGCCUAUCAAAUUGGCUCAGGUAUUUUAUAUAUAUAUAUUUUUAGACACUGUUAAUUCCCUACAAAAAGAAAGGCACCAAGUUGUCAGGGCCAGCAGAGGUUCUUUUCGUCUGCAACAGUGGCAUUAAGACAAACGUUUUCGUGUAACACAAGGACUUGACGAUUCUGGAAUGUUCUUAUUCGAUUGUUCUUGAAUACUUCUUUCAAUUUUGUUUUGUGUUCUUACACUUUAGGAUGUAUUUCCUGACAAUGCAACAGGAAGGAAAGUUUUGUCUUUGUCGAUCAACUGCCCGAGUAAAGGUUGCUCUUGGACUGGUGAAUUGAGGAACAAACAGGUAAAAACAAAAAAUAUAUAUUCAAGGUACAGCGGAUUCAGUUUGUCUCAAGCACGCAUUUUAAGCCGGAAAUAUCACGGUCGGAACCCAGAUCGUUCCAUCCAACUGUAGGACUCACAAUUUCCCUCCACAAUAGCACACCUUAAGUGUACUAUUAUUAUUAUCUCUUUCAAUAGCAGAUGAUACAUUCAUUUGGGCGUCGUAAAUACAUGAGAAAGAAGUGUUUGUAAGUGUCUAUCAGGUUUUAGGCCCUGCGAAUAUUCAUUAACAAAAAACUGAAUUUUAGCUCAGUAAUUUUCCCAACUGGAGUGGAAACUAAGACCUGGAAAAAGCAAGGAGAAAAAGAUCACUUCUUCACUUUCAUUUCUCUACUUCUUCUUGUUUUAUUUAUUUAUUUAUUUGCUUUGUUUUGUUUAUUUAUUUAAUUCUUUUUACUUGAUAUUGUUUAAAACAGGCUCACCUGGAAGCUUGCCCGUUCAAAAUUGUUACUUGUACCAACGAACAUUGCCAUGUGACCGUGAAAAGAAAAGAGCUCGAACAACACGUAACAAACACGUGCGAAUGGAGGAUCAUAGAAUGUAAAUACUGUGAAGAACCACACCCAAAGAAGCACUCGCAGGUAAACGCAACUAAAAUGAACAGACCCCAUUUUCCACUUCGCGUAUUUUGCAAGAUGCCUCUUUAACCCUCCACAACAGAUUUUAACAGACGAGAUGAAUACCUCUUUCGUUUGAUCUUUGACUUGGAUGUGUGAGUGAAACUUUUCACUUGCCGACGAAGUGCCGUGGACGCCUAGACUACGAGUAGUCCCCCAUUUUUCCUCAGGGAUAGUAGGGCGAGCGAAACGCGAGCGCGCGUGAAAAUCACCCCACGCGAGAAAAGGCGACACGCGGCGGGGAGAGAGAAAAAUGAGGGACUACAGACAAAGCCCAAGCUUUUGACCCUUCACGGCCGACUGAUUCUGGAGUGUGAAGUUCGUAUCACGUUCUAAAUCAAUUAAGCGCAUCCAAUGGGAUUCCUUCUCUCAUUGAGCUGUCAUUGCCCUUGUCAUCGGUAAACUGCAGGGGAUAUUUAUUGCAAGUGAAAGAAAACCCAGACACAAUUUUUCUUCGCGGCUGUUUCGCGCGAAGAACUGAUGAAUGGCUGAAACGCCGAAAAAGUCAGUUGGAAGACCUUUAAAAAAGCCAAGUUGCAGUGACUUUUGUCGUGUUUGUGGCUGUAACUUCAAUACUUAUUACGGUGAUUUUAAACGAAGAGUUUCUACAGAGAAUCUCUUUGAGAUCCCUAAACGAGCGGGCGUUGAGAAAAGUCGCUUGGCUGACCUGUUGUGCGAACUUGGAAUUACAUGUGAGCAAUCAAGUUCUCUUUCUUCUCGUGUCUGUGCAAAAUGCGGCACCAAAAUAAGAAAUGCUAUCGGACUUUGUCGAUUUCUUCGGGGAAGUCUUCUCUUCCAACCCCCGAAAAGUGUUGUGGACGUUGAACAUUCGCCGAUUGCGAUCGAGCGUUUUAAACGAAUGGCACGGUCUCCUGUAAGUGAAGGUCUUGCUUCGUCGUCUUACGAUGGUGUAAGGACUGGCAAAGCACGCAGAUCAAUUGUUUAUGGCCCUUCUGAAGACGAAACAUCACUAGUACUCGAGAAAACGGAUCAACUGAAGGUUGUAAUCCCAACAAAGGAUGACACGAUUUCCCUACGAUCUGCCCCAGACGAGCUUACAGAAAAGAUCGUGAAAAACAUCUGCAAUCGCAACUGGAAACCAGUCGCCAAUGCGAUGUUCGCACAUACGGAGCUCAGGAACGAAUUGAUGUCGGCUCUCUCCAAAAAUUUAUCUCGUGAAAUGUCUGAUUAUUGCCACAGUGAAAGCAUGCUCAAGUACAGUACACCAAGUGAGUUGUCCGCGUUCUCUAAUAGAACUUUCGUGCACGAAGUUAAAGUAUUUUGCCCUUUAUGGUACUCGUGUAUUAUUGGAGCUGCAAACGUUGGCGAUGACAUCGAGGAAAGUAUAAAUCCCAUGGCUUUAGCGACUGCUUCAAUCGCACGCCAUCGAAACAGCCGUAUGUCUGCAUUCGCAAAGCGAAUUUCCACCGUUUUGGUUCAUACUGGAGCAAAAGCAGAUGACUUCACUCGAUUGAAUAGGCUUGGCAUCUGCUCUUCUCACAAGCAGGUAAUCCGUGAUCAGGUUGAAAUGGGCAGUCAGCAUGAUGUGAAAGUAUUGAUGUGGAAACGUGCCAUUGAGGAGAGAAAGGGAACUUUGCUGUUAAUCGAAGAAAUACAAAGCCAGGCUGCAAGUAUGGACGCGCCAGUCGAUGUGUCCCAAGCUGCGCUAGAGGGCAAGUAUUUUUAUUCUGAAUUGUCAUUCAACAAGCUGAGUGGCCUUCUUCACAGAGAAGAUGGAGAAAAUUGCCUUGCCAGUGCUGAGGAGUUAGCGAGCGCAAAACAGGAAUUGCUGAAGGAAGAGCAAGUGUCUUACAGGUACACUUUCUAGCAACAACUUGAACAUCAUUUUAAUUUUAUCCUGAGUAAAAGAAAUCACGAACUACAUUGAUUAAGGUUACAUCGCAAGGGUCAACUCAUUUGUUCCAAUUAUUGUUAUUUACAAGUUGUUUAUUUAAACUUCCAAAAAUAUAUAGAUAAUGGGACUGACUCCCAUUUCUUCCACUCUUCGGUUUUGAAUAAAUAAUUUUAUUCACUCACUCUGUUAUCAUAAAAAGGCCUUUCACAAAUAACUGUAAAUAACUUUAUUUUUGUAUUGUUUAAAAUUAUUACAUUAUUCGGGCAUUGGCAAUUUUUUUGGUUACAAUAACUUUAUCUUUAGACAUCUAUAUUAUUAUGGUGGUUGAAGUUAUCUGGAAACAGCCUAAUUUGUUGCAGGUUUCAAAUGUUUAUUCUUCCUACUGAAGACAGGUUUUUUCUUUUUUUUAGAAUUGUAGCUGACAACUUGGAUUUCAGCCUCUCUGCCAGGAUCCAAACCAGCAAACUGAGAAACCAGUCAAUUCAUUGGACUCAUCACCUUGCUAUCCGUGAUAGGGUCGUAACCCCUUGCAGGGACCAUGCUGCAGCGACAGGUCAAAGAAAGCUCAUGGACCUGGAGUUAUCCGAGUUGCUACCUAGCGAAGACAGUAACUUUACUGUUGAAAGUGACUUCAUCACUCUGGUGUCAAGGAUAUUAGUAAAGUACCUACCUGCUUUCAGUUUUUUAAAGGACGUUGUGGUCCACCAUAUUCCUCAUCAAUACAGUCAGGAGAUGGCACAAAAAUCUGAGGUGGUAAGUACAGUUAUUUAUGUGAUCUCAAGUUUGUUAGGGGUGAAAUAUCUUGCACAUGUGUGGUCACCCAUUUCUCAGGAUUGACUUUUGUGAAAUGGCAGUAGAUUUUACUUUUGAAUUAGAAAUUUCCUGCUACAAUAGAAUACAGAUGUUGACAGAUUGCCAUGGAAGAGCCAAUCAGAGUUUUGCGUUGUGAGAGCAACGCAUUAGUUCAAAAGCUUGGGCUUUGUCUGUAGUCCCUCAUUUUUCUCUCUCCCCGCCGCGUGUUGCCUUUUCUCGCGUGGGGUGAUUUUCACGNACAUGCCACACAAACAAACACAUCAGACACAAAAACAUGUUAGCGCACCCCCCUUUUUAUAAAAAUCUUAUUGGUGGUAUUUUUUUGAGGUGUUUUUUGCGAACGCCCUGAAAAAGGGUGUGUUUUGGGGUGGGGGGGGGGGGGGGGGGGGGGGGGGGGGGGGGGGAAGGAAACUGAGUGUAUUAUGCGGAAUUGAAAAAUAGAGAAUCGGGUGGUGAAGUUCUGAAAAAUUUCUCUCGGUUUAAUUUUACACUGCCUGAAAAAAACUUGUGAUGGUUUUCAGUUUAAGUGCAAAUUAAAAUAUAUUUGUGUUUUGCAGGUUCACCUGGAAAUUUGCAGCAAGAUUCCACUUUCUUGUCCUAACAGAUGUCGGAAAUUAAUUCCUAGAGAAAUGGUACAUGCACUUCAUUUCAGUUUAAGUGACGUCAUUGAUGGUAGAGUAGUGGUAUAUAUCGCAGGCAUGGCUACUGUCUGGGUACCAGCGAGUAAGGUUCUUAGCAAUGUCUUUGUUUGUUUUCAAAAGUUAAAAGCGAUCUCCCUUAUAAAUAGACAACAAAAAGUCUAAAACGUCUCAGCUAAUAAAUAAAUAAAUGAAUAAUACCUAAAUAUAUAAGUAAAUAAUAACACAAAUUAUACGCGAUGAUCGCAUGAGCUAUACGAUAUGGUGUCAGGACGUAGUCCUUGAUAGGUUGUGAUUAACCAAAGCGGCUGAAAUAGAGGCUUGAGCGGGAUUAGGAUCCCAAACUUUAAAACACUUUUCUUCAGAAGUCAUCCUUGGAGAUCCAGGGGCAAUCUGUCUGAUCAAAAGAACCGGCGCGACGAGAAUUUUCAAGCACGGGAGGAAGAGCCCUUUCCACCCGUGCUUGGAAACGUUUCCUCUUGACCCGACUGACUCAGUGUUCCUGGAUCUCCGCGGAUGAUCUGACCUUUGCUUAGCAUUGGAUCUGUUUAUUAAGUCAGUUUGCUUAUUUAAUUUUAUUAUUUUCUUUUAGAUUCCAAACCACAUUGAUAACGACUGUCCUUUGUCUUUAGUCUCCUGUCCUUAUGCUCAAAUGGGAUGCACUGAAAAGGUUUGUUCUUGAUCAUUAACGUUUUAAAAUUUAUUGUGAAAGCUAGUUUACAGGCACUCCACUAAAAAAAAUAAUUCGUUACAAAUAAUAAUCCAAAUAUAACAUAACAAGGAAAAAAAAAAACACAACAGGCUGGACACGACCAACUGGCGAAGAACGACCGAGAAUAAAUCCAGCUACAGCUGUAGUGGCCAUAGAAAGACUUAAAGACACUUACUAGACUAACAUAAACUUUUAUAUUUAUUGGACUUCAAAAUCUAUACGCUGUUUUCUGAGGUAAUCUGUCUUCUUUCUACAGUUUCAGCGCAAAAACGUGGAUCCUCAUCUGCAAUCGUACACCCGAGAACAUCUUGACUUAGCCUGUGUUAAACUUAACAGCACACAGGUUCAGUUGGAUGAACAACGAGUUCAGUUGGAUGAGACACGAGCUAAACUAAACGGUUUAACCCAGGAUCAGUUAACGAUCAUAAAAGAAUCUCAAGAAACAAAAAUAAAAUUUGAGGAGAAAUUAGAGGCACUUCAAGAGCAGAUAUAUAUGCUCGGGAAAAUAACUAGAAAUAGUGGCAAUACACAAUUUGAUUGGAAAAUCACAUCCUUUUUGAGUGAAUUUAUGAAUCGGGAAGAGCGUAAAACGAUAGAAAGCGAUCCAUUCUACACUGCCCUUUUUGGAUACAAAUUAAAAGUGUUUGUCGAUCUUAACUACCGCCGCGGACUGUAUACGAAUGACCCAGAACUCUGGAUCGGUAUCAGUUUAAUGGAAGGUGAAUAUGAUGACAUAUUACCCUGGCCUUUCACGUUGACAACAACGUUCAAAGCGCUUGGAGGAAACAGUUGUGUUCCUGACAAACCGAUGACCAUUGUACGACAAUUGAGCCCAACUAAAAAAAAUUUAAGUUUACCACUAUUCUCAAAGAGACCAAGAGGAGGUUCGACAGCUGAUGGCUGGGUAGAGAGUUUCCUAGACUCAUUUCAUCUUGUAGAUGGGGUCUGCAUUAUAAAUGACACUCUGUCUCUUCAA